UCGCGUUAGGACCCAGCAGAUUCUAACGGGACUGGAGGGCGGGCGCUGGCCCCAUCGGGGGGCCCGAAGGGGGGCUCGGCGCCGGCCAAGGGGCGGCUCUGGCGGACUCGGGACCGAGCUGGGCGGCGGAGUGACCCGGACAGCUGCCCUCUGAUACUGGCCCAGCCCCCUCACAGUGUGGCCAUGAGAGCUGUAAGCCUCUACCUGCUUCUCCUGCCUGGCCUGCUGGCUCAGGGCCAGUACGACCUGGACCCGUUGCCUCCAUUCCUGGACCACAUACAGUACAACCAGUACAGUGACCAGGACCAAUUCGCCAAUUCAGACUACUAUGAUUAUCAAGAGGUGACUUCUCAGUCCCCCGAGGAGCAGUUCCAGUCCCAGCAGCAAGUCCAGCAGGAAGUCAUUUCAGCACUCACCCCUGAACCAGGGAACACAGAGACGGAGCCCACGGAACCUGGGCCUCUGGACUGUCGUGAGGAGCAGUACCCAUGCACCCGUCUCUACUCCAUUCACAAGCCCUGCAAGCAAUGUGUCAACGAAAUCUGCUUCUACAGCCUCCGCCGUGUGUAUGUGGUCAACAAGGAGAUCUGUGUCCGCACCGUCUGUGCCCAUGAAGAGCUGCUCCGAGCUGACCUCUGUCGGGACAAGUUCUCCAAGUGUGGGGUGAUGGCCCUCAGCGGCCUGUGCCAGUCAGUGGCAGCCUCCUGUGCCAGGAGCUGUGGGGGUUGCUAGGGUGCAGCUGGCACCCCGAAACCUGGACCCUGAAUCCGGGGUCCUCAGGCCUGGCCUGGCCUGACCUGGUGCUUUCCUCCCAGCCCUUCCUUCCUUGUAUUCUAUAAAGAGGCUGCGCUGGUCCUGGGUUUGCCUCAGGGGCACCACGGGGCCUAGGCCCGGCCCUGCCUCUCAGUCCCUCUGUGGGGGUCCCCCUACGUCCCCACCCUGAGGUAGACUAUGCCCCUCAACCCAGCUGGUCUGCUUGGAUUUUCUAUAGUCCCCGGGGCAUCGGCCAUCUUGGUUUUACAUAAAAUUAAAAACCAGUUUUUACAAAA